GAUGGGGGCGACGGUGUUCGUGCAGCCUCUGGACCUGGUGAAGAACAGGAUGCAGCUGAGCGGCCAGGGGUCCAAGGCCCGCGAGUACAGAACCAGCUUCCACGCUCUGUUCUCCAUUCUGAGGAACGAAGGAGUGAGAGGCAUCUACACGGGGCUGUCUGCAGGUCUGCUCCGUCAGGCCACCUACACCACCACCCGUCUGGGGAUCUACACCAUCCUGUUUGAGAAGAUGACAGGAGCCGACGGCCGGCCACCCAACUUCAUCUUGAAGGCUCUGAUUGGGAUGACAGCUGGAGCCACUGGAGCAUUUGUGGGAACGCCAGCAGAGGUUGCUCUGAUCAGGAUGACGGCUGAUGGCCGGCUUCCUGCUGACCAGAGGAGAGGGUACACCAAUGUCUUCAACGCUCUCGCUCGCAUCACCAGAGAGGAGGGAGUGACUACACUCUGGAGGGGGUGUGUUCCCACCAUGGCCCGGGCGGUGGUUGUGAAUGCAGCUCAGCUAGCCUCCUACUCUCAGUCCAAACAGGCUCUGCUGGACUCAGGAUACUUUGGUGACGACAUUCUCUGUCACUUCUGUGCCAGUAUGAUCAGCGGGCUGGUCACCACGGCAGCGUCCAUGCCCGUGGACAUCGUGAAGACGAGGAUCCAGAACAUGAGGAUGAUUGACGGGAAACCAGAAUAUAAGAACGGCUUGGACGUGUUGAUGAGAGUCGUGGGUAAAGAGGGCUUCUUCUCUCUGUGGAAGGGCUUCACACCGUACUACGCUCGCCUCGGACCUCACACCGUCCUCACCUUCAUCUUCCUGGAGCAGAUGAACCGCCUCUACAAGACCUACAUCCUGGACCGCUGACACACCCACACACACACACACACACACACACACACACACACACACACACACACACACACACACACACACACACACACACACACACACACACAUCACUACCCUUUUAUAAAGGAUGUAAGAAAAACUGAUUCAGACCUGAUGAGGUCUGCCAUGAAUAAAAAGUCUCAUUGUAGAA